AUGAACUUUGGUUUCAGAUUUAAAUAAACUAAGGCAAUCAAAUUUCCCAGGACUGAGAAUUAAUUAGUCAAUAAAAUCGAUGAAUAUAGAAAGCAGAUCACUGACUAUCGUUGGUAGGAUUGUAAUAAGGGGGAUGUGGAGGCUUGUCUCUAACUUGAGAAAUUACUGACCGAAUAUAUUCUCCUUUUGGACUCAGCCAUAGAUUAACAAGUUAAGCUUGAAAUCUCAUUCUCGUGGAAUGAUUCCUAUGAACCUAAUAAAUUUACUCAAUCCAAUUAAUGGCAUUACGAAUACUCCUGCUCUCUAUACAAUCUUGGAUUGCUCUAUUAUCAUUUGGGACAGAACAUGCCAACCAUCAAGGAUGCAAUUAGCAAGAGUCGUAAUUCCCAGUGGUGUUUUUAGAGACUCUCUGAAGUCACGGCCUUUGUCAAUUCAAGGACUAUCUAAUAGCAUUCCGAUCUAUCAUUAGUGCACAUUCACAUGCACAAUUGCUACGCCUAAGCCUAUGGAUAUAAGAAAUUGUAUGAUCAUUUCCAAACAAUCAAAAAUCCAGAUGAACUUCUUAUAGCUUUGGGUUUGUUACAAGAGUCUUCCAAGAUGUACGAGUAAACUAUUAGAUGCUUGAUAUAAACCAAAACCAGUAACAAGAAACCAAUACCCCCCAUCAUUUAUAAUUAGUUGAUGGAGAGGUUCUCCAAUGAUCACACUGUCACUGUUGUUAUCACCAAUAUGGAGUUGGCCAAAUUGAUGGCUAGCACUGCCAAAGAGGUUCCACGAGAAUAAAGAAUGGGCAAAGCCAUAACCUAUUUGAAUAAGGCUGAAUAAUCAAUAGUGGAACUUUUUAAAAAGUUUAAACACAAGAAUGAGUUCCUUCUCUUGCAAUAAUAGUAGCUUAUAGCACUUAAGAAAGAGUACUUGUAUCUCAAUGAAAAUGCUUUUAAACACCCUAUAGCAAAGGAGUAUGAAUUAUUGCAAUUGCCAGUCAAAUAGGAUCUCAUUAAGGCUAGGCCUCCAGAGUCAUUUUAAAACAAGUGGGAUAACAAAUAAUAGGAAGUACAUGUGGAAACCCGAAAACUAAUCUAAGAAAUAAAUGCUCAUAAAACUUAUGCCUAAUAAAAACUAUUAGAUCUACAAAAUAAUUUUAAUUAGAUUUAUUUCUAAUACAACAUACAAUUCAUGGUUGAUUCUUAUCAAAAUGCUGAAACUCUAAAAUUAACCCAAUCAAUCCAACUUAAAGUUGAUUUUAUUAAACAAAAGGGAGGAUGGAAAGGAUGCCAACAAUAAAUUCAAAAGAUUCAUCAAUUGCAGUAAGAAUAAGGAAAGAAAUUAAUAAAUAUAAAAAAUCAAUUGGAUUUAUGCUCUGUGUAAAAGGAACCUCCCACUCAGGGAUAUUAACUCUUAUCAUAAUAGAUUGAAAAUUUCAGAAGAAUUGUUGAGGAUGUACAAAAGAAGCUUUUAGAGGCAAGCCUAAUAAAUAGAACCACAGAAGAACAGAUUAAGGGCAUUAAGGAACAAUUACUAUUUAUUGAAUAGAACAAUAAUCAAAUGAUCGCCAGUAAAAUGUAGAAUUCCUUGUAGGAGUCUCAGAACUUCUUCAGGAAGAAUCUAAACACUUUGAAAAAGUUGUCUGUUGCUGUUGAGACUAUAAUUAACAAGAUGGACUUAAUAAAACUCCAAUUGGCUAGUCUAGAGAAGUACAUCGAUGAUAUGGGAUUGGAUCAGAGCAGCAAUUAAAAAAUCGACGCAAAUCUUCUAUUAUAAGCAUUAAAGAUGAUCCAAAUAAAGAUUACAGAAUACGAUGCUAUAUUUGCUUCCAUAAAUCUAAAGGAUUUAGAAUAGAUUGCAUGUCAAAUGGAGGAUAAAUAAGAGUUUCUUAAACUUGCCAAUUAGGGAGAGCAAGAAUUUGAGGAUUCUCUAAAAGUCAUUCAGGAAGUAUUUUACAAUUUAGAGUACGCUCAAUAGUUUUACGAUUCCAUUUCAUAAUAGGUUGCUUAAUUAACCAACGUUAUAAAUGAACUUACAAAUAAUAGCAAUUGA